AUGGUCACCCAAACUGCCUUAUCACAACUGGGGUGGGUCCAGUUGAGUCCUCGAGAGACCAGACACCCCAGUGCGUCACUCCGUGUAUCAGAAGAUAUACAGGCCAGAACCAUCGAUAGGGACACUGCCCUGUCCUUCGACUUCGGCCAGCGACAGGACCAGCUUCCAGCGAGACCCAGUAUCUCCGGAGGACUUGCAUCAAGCUUUGCGAAGUGGCCAGACGCGGAAGACCUACAGACACGGGACGACGUAGACUUCAAUAACCCUUUCUCCCCGCAUGGGUUCCAGGCGACUUUGUACAACUUUCCUCUGCCGGGCUCGCUGUCACCCGCCCUUUCACCACGGUCGGUACGUUCUCCAUCGGCUCAGACGUUCCGAUCUAUCCGACCGUCGACCCCAGAGUCUGUAGAUCGGACUCUAACAAUCAUGAGUGUACCACAUGGAGAGAUCGGUAUGGCGCUGGGAAGCCCGCCACAUCCCCUACCAACUGCAUGGCAACAUGUACCACCAAUGGACAGAUACACAGACUCUCCUGACCAUAACGACGAAGACUUCAUCCAGCCCGCGCCGACAUCAAAGCAAAAGAAGAGCACUUGGAAGAAGUUAGGGGGUUUCUUUGGAGGCAAGAAGCAUGAUGCACAACCGACUGCUUUCUACCAAGUCCAGCCAGUGACUAUCACAACAUCCAGUCAUGGAUUGAACUUCAGCGAACCCCCCCUCACCAGUGAGAAGCCACCUAAAUCUCGCAUCCUUGGGCGCUCCGUCUCAAACGCACGCAGAACGAAGCACAAGCCUCACAUGAGCCGUACUAAUACCCUACCUGUGCUCUUUGACCUCGAGAGCGAGGGCAGAGGAGCUCAUACUGGAACCUCGGACAUCACCCUUAAUGAGAGUCUAGCGGCCAGCCAUAUUCCCAAGUCUUCGCAGAAGGGCGCAGGAUUGCUCGAUAUUGAUAUUCCUUCUGUUUCGAUGGAGAGAUACAGCAUCAUGUUUGGAGACGUGCUUCAGCUUCAACAUCAUCAGACGCAGCAGUCAUCAUUGUUAACCAGACGGGCAGCAACACUUGACAAGCUUAAGCCAGUUGACGAAAAACUAGCUUCAGAGGUUCGCGGCUCUCGUGCUCAUCGAUAUUUUUUCUUGGCUGGUACUAACAUUAGACCGCAGGAACGAGAACCAGAGGCCAACUCCAACUUACUCAAACCCAGGCGAGCGACUUCUCCUGGGCCCCAAAGAAGCCCAGGAUUUUCACUUUUCCCCAGUCCCACACCUCGUACCAGAGAUCCAUCUCCUCCGCAAUCACGGACACUUCAACGAUCGCAUACUUCUCCUACAGCACUUUCUCCAUCCCGAGCUUCGUUUGCGGCAGAUAUUAGUAACGAUGGUCAUGCAAGUAUUGUUUCGGAGGCUAUUCAUGUCCCUAAAUUCUCAGAAUCGGGAACGACUUAUGCGCCUCGAAAGUCCAGUCUCAAGAAGGAAGGGCCCAAAGCAGUAACAAAAAGUUCCAGUUCGAUGUCAAAGAGCCGGUCGCCCGAAAAUCCGAUCCAUGCGCUUGAUCCAGCUAGCGAAGAAGCAGAUGAUGUAAAGAAACACCAAUUUCCACCUAUCGCAGUCGCUAUUCCCAUGCAGCCCAAGAAGCUCCCUGAGCCUCAGUGGCCAAUUACCGAAUCUUUCCACACAGCAAGCAACUCCAUCUCAAGCUCCUCAAUAACCGGGUCAGAUGUCUCGACAGCCUCAAGCAUCACUACACCGCUCAGCGCAUCCACAGCCCCUUACCCAGUCGUCAAACCCUUGCGUGGCAAUACGCCACCUAUGUCACGCAUGCGGCCCCCUUCAGCCUCGCAAAAGCAAAAGCCAGCUCUGACACGCACCCGAAGCGUCACAACUGAAAACGCACCCAUCGCUAUCCCACGACGUCAAAGUUCUCCUCUCCUAGUUCCAAGAUCCACAUUCCAAGCACCAGUCUCCUCACCCAAGUCUGGAGACGAAAGUCGUCUCGAAGACGCAGCCGACAUCUCUAUCGCCCGCCAGAUCUCCGUCUCGCGGAGACAGAGACAACUACUCGUCCCAAUCAAAACGGGCGUCAAAGCACACACGAGGACAUCAAGUAAGAAUGCCAAUCGCGUAAGGGAAGGAGAGAAGAAAGAGCGCGUAGUCGGAGCUCAGAAUUUCCCAAGCCCAGCUCGUAGACGCAGCUCGAUCAAUUUACGGACGGUCUCAAGCCCCCUAACAGCCAUUGCCAUCGCCACCAAAGAAGAACACGAGCGGGUCUCUCCGGUGCCCGAGAAGCGUGUCACUCGCGACGCUUCGCCCUCAACCAAGCGCCUCAUGCUGCCAACUGCCAAACCGAGCACGCCAACCCUUGUCGUGGUAGGCGACAGAUUCGACGAGAGAGAGAAAGCGUGGGCAGGCGCCACAGCAGGAAUGAAGCAGAGACAGAAAGCAUCAUCAGGGGUCUCGGAGCGCAGCAAGGCGAAGGAAGCGGCUUCGACGCAGAGCAUGUCGUUUGGGGAGAUCAAGGUCGGGCUUGCGGUUUCUAGGGAUGCCUCUCCAGCGAGGAAGGCGAAGGAUCUGAGCUCGCAUCGGAAGAGCAAAAAUAUUGAAGCUGUUGUUGUUGCGCUAAGCGCUGUUAACCUUCUUCCUUCUUUGCAUCUUUUUGCUCAUUACUUCGUUCGUGGUGGAGCUUGGACUGACUCGACUUGA